CAAUGUGCAUGGGUGGGGGCAGAGGUGAUCGCUAAAUGCACCAAUAAAUGUGUGGACUCUUUUGACCAUCUGCCUACUUGCGCUUUUGAAGUUCGUCCUCAGUGCAGGUCAACAGAGAGAGAACACAACAUGGCAGCUUUCCUCCACCACUGCCCCUUCUUCAAGUCGGCCACGAAACCAGCUUUGAGGAGAUCAAGCCCAUUGCUGUCCCUGGCCAACCAGUGUCCCAUCAUCGCACGUCAGAUCAGCGUCUGCAAGUCAGCCGCCUUGGAGGCCAAGCUGAGCGGCUCCCCGGCCGGCCUCGACUGUCGCCAGCUUCCCACGCUGGAGCAAAAGAGGACGUUUGCUCAAACAGCUCCUCAGGUGGCAGAGCCGGCAGUGUCCAAGGCUUGCCCUUUCGUCACCUCUCGCAUUGGAAUGGUCCAAGCCAGCCCUGAAGUGCAAGAGGAUGUCCGAGAAGGUGUGAUGAUCUCUCUGUUGAAGGAUUUAAAAGAGUCGAUUUUCCCUAAAUCCCCUCAAGACAUCACCGUCAGUCACCUCUUCAAAGACAACAUGGCUGGGCCCAGCUAUGAUUACGACUGCUUCUUCUCUGAAAAGAUCGCCGAGAAGAAGAAGGACUACACUUAUAGAAUCUUUAAGACGGUAAAUCGGAGCGCCGGCUCAUUUCCCUUCGCUGAGGAUUACUCUUUGUCCGACCGCGGGGGCUCCCGAGUGUCUGUGUGGUGCAGCAACGACUACCUGGGGAUGAGUCAGCACCCCCGGGUCCUCAGUGCCAUGAGUGUUCAUAAAUCACACCUUGACACAGAUAGCAGAAAGCGGAGGAACACAAUUUUUGCUUCUGAAACUGAAAUGCGUUAUUUCAAGAGGCAUUAUUAUUGUGACUAUUUCAGUUUUAAAUCAUUUCUUUGCAUAUCUACAAAAGGUCCAUCGGUCAAAUUUACUAUUAGCGUUAGUUGUCAGGCACAUCCCAUGGGAGGAUGUGUCAUCAAAAGUCCAUCCAUCCAUCUAUUUUCUGAUCCGCUUAUCACCCUCUUCACUUUGGCCAGAAUGCUGCCAGGCUGCGAGAUCUACUCGGAUGCCGGCAACCACGCCUCAAUGAUUCAGGGCAUCAGGAACAGCGGAUCCCAGCGCUUCAUCUUUCGUCACAACGACAGUCGACACCUUGAGGAGCUUCUGCAGCGCUCGGACCCAAUGACGCCCAAAAUAGUCGCAUUUGAGACAGUGCAUUCAAUGGACGGAGGCAUUUGUCCAUUAGAGGAGCUGUGCGAUGUUUCUCAUCGUUACGGAGCUCUGACGUUUGUUGACGAGGUUCACGCCGUCGGCCUGUAUGGAGCCCAUGGAGCCGGAGUUGGGGAGAGGGACAGCGUCAUGCACAAGAUUGACAUUGUGUCUGGGACUUUAGGCAAGGCCUACGGCUGUGUGGGAGGCUACAUCGCCAGCAGCGCCGCCCUGGUGGACACAGUGCGAUCCUUUGCAGCUGGCUUCAUCUUCACCACCGCCCUGCCCCCCAUGGUGCUGGCCGGAGCCCUGGAGUCCGUGCGGGUCCUUAGGGGCCCCGAGGGGCAAUCCCUGCGCAGAGCCCACCAAAGGAACGUUAAACACAUGAGGCAGCUGCUCAUGGAUAAGGGCCUGCCUGUGGUCCACUGUCCUAGCCACAUCAUCCCCAUACGGGUAUGGAGGUUUGCCUAAAAAAAUUACAAAUAAAUAA